AGAGCCGCCAGGGCUCAAAUCGAUUGUUGCCAUGUGGGUGCUGCUAGCUGUCCUGGUUGGUGCCAACGCUGAGCCCAACCCUCCGGUGUGGCCACAGAGCGUGCAGGUCUUUGGUCCAGAAGAUGCGACGUCCACCAUCGAAGCAGCUGUAAAUGCAGCGUAUGCAUUGAAUGGUGGACAACCAGACCAUGGACAGUUCUCCUCCCACAGGUUUGUGUUCAUGUUCAAGCCUGGCAGUUACAAUGUUGAAGUGCCAGUUGGCUACUACACGCAAGUUCUAGGUUUGGGGACGCUUCCAACGGAGGUGAUUUUCACAUCGAGCAAAGGGGUGUACUCCCAGGAGUCCAAUUUUGCUGUAAAUCCUGGUGCUUUGUGCACUUUCUGGCGUUCAGCAGAGAAUUUCCAAACCGAUGCCACCUACUCCUGGAACACCAACGAGAACCAGGGAAUGCUGUGGGCAGCUUCCCAAGCUGCAGCUCUCCGGAGGCUUGUGGUCUCCAACGACUUGGACCUCUACCAGUUUCGCAAGGGCGAUGAGGUUGCGGGAUUUUCGUCGGGUGGCUUUUUGGGCAAUUCAGUGAUUAGAGGAAAAGUCUCCUCCGGAUCUCAGCAGCAGUACCUCGCGCGGAACUCCCAGGUUGAUUCUUGGAAAGAUGGAGUCUGGAAUGAGGUCUUUGUUGGCACCAUCAAUGCCCCUGCAAGCCAUUGCGGUAUGGACCAGGAAUCUGGAGCAAAACCUUUUGUGACAGUGGAUGCAGCGCCUCUGAUGGCCGAGAAGCCAUUCAUCUCCAUUGAGCCAACAGGCAAGUACAACCUCAACAUCCCACGCGUGCAACAGAACUACCGGGGCUGGAACUAUGAUGCUGUAGACACGGUUGGCUUUGAGCAGGUUUAUGUCGCAGAUGCAAGCAAAGACACCGCGCAGAGCAUAAAUGCAAAGCUGGCCACGGGUUUGCACGUGGUGCUUUCGCCCGGCAUCUACGAUCUCACGGAACCCAUCCGCGUUUCAUCCAACCAGGUGCUUUUGGGGUUGGGGCUUGCAACACUGCGAGCGAAGAGCGCCCAGAGCGCAGUCCAGGUGGAGGGUUGUGGUGCACGCUUGGCCGGGUUGCUUGUAGCAGCAGGGACUGCUGUAGCAUCGCCUCUCGUCCAUUGGGAGAAGUCCACAGGCGCUGACUGCACGUCCACCAACCCUGGCGUGAUGAGCGACAUGUACAUCCGUGUGGGGGGUCCUGUGGCGGAAUCGUCUGUGCAAGCAGAAGUCAUGCUCCAAGUAGAUGCUGACAGUGUUGUAAUCGACAACUCGUGGCUAUGGAGAGCCGAUCAUGUCGAAUCUGGUCAGCUCGUACAGUGGCAGAACCCUUGCCAGGUUGGAGCUAUCAUCAAUGGAAAUGACGUCGUUGCCUAUGGCUUCAAAGUCGAGCAUUCUCUUACGGACCAGGUGCAGUGGAACGGCCAACGCGGCAAGGUAUUCAUGUUCCAAGCUGAAAUGCCAUAUGAAGUCACGCAAGCCACCUUUGGUGACAAGGGCUACGCCGGGUACCGAGUGUCCAGCUUGGUGACCUCACACGAUGCGCAUGGUGUGGGGAUCUAUCACUACUUCCGGGAUGCGGCUGUGACAGUUCAGUCGGCGAUCAUCGCGCCGACUGCUUUAGAGCCAAACUUCGUGUCCCCCUUGUCUGUGUUUCUCAAUGGAAAAGGCACAGUGCUGCAUAUCCUCAAUGACAAAGGCCAAGCAUCUUCAGUGGAUCCCAAGGCGCCCACCAGUGCUGUGCCAAAGUGGUAUUGCAGCCAGAGGGCAGCAAUGCCCAGCAAUGGCACAUGCAAGAUGGGUGAUUCCGUGUUGUGCCCAGGGUCUAGCGUGUUUUGUCAAGGAAAUGCCUGCUGCCCAGAUGGUUCCACCUGUCCAUCAGCAACUCCGAAUUAUCGCUGUGCUCGAGGCAAGCUGAUGGACUGCUUGCAGCCUUCACUGAGCCUGGUGGUUUGAUUCCAGAAAUUGGUGCAUCGAAGUCUCACCAAUGUCACCAGAGUGCUGCCCAUCCGCCCUCGUCCCAAACUAGGCAGAAUUAUGAGAUGGAUCAGGGGUGCCGGGUCAUUUGGACCGCAACCCUCCGAUGCCGGGGCGGGCCGUUUAAGGCCUGCGGAGAUAGGCACUUGCUUCCGACAUC